AUGUUAGCCACGACGCCACAUUCCCCUUUGGCUUCAUCAGCGCCAUUCUCGAUUACGAGCCUUUUGCAGCCUCCGUUGCUCGGGGCAAUACCACCCUUAGUGUCAUCCGUGAACAUAUCUCAUCCCUUCACCAAUGCAAGAGCAGCUGCCGUAAUGAGCCGAAAUAUUAUUGAAAAUGUUGUUAUUUCAAGUAUGCAUCAAUCGAGAAGACCUCGGAGUGAAAAGAAACCAAUUCCUGAUGAACAAAAAGAUGAAAAGUAUUAUGAGCGACGAAAGCGUAAUAAUCAAGCGGCAAAAAAAUCACGAGACGCUCGUAAAAUACGAGAAGAUCACAUCGCUUUGCGGGCUACGAUGCUGGAGCACGAAAAUGCGAUAUUACGCGCCCAAGUGAUGACCCUACGAGAGGAAUGUCAAUCGCUUCGGCAGAUGCUUAUUAAGCAACGGAUGCCGUCGAUGCAAUUGGUCAACCAACUGACCGACAGGUCCAUAUCAUCCAUGUCUGUGACGCUGACCCCGACAAAUUCCAUCGACUCCGCGACCUGUCAAGCCUAA